UUAGUUAGAAACUAAGUUUCCAGUGUAUAAUUUCUCAAUGGCUAGUACUAUCUCAGCCUUCAACAUCUCCACCAUUGCCAUCCUCAUUUUCUUCAUGCCUAUUCAUGUCACCUGUAAGCAAAAGCAUGAGUUUGUCAAAGAAAUUAACAAAGAAGCACUCGAACUAAGAGAAGAAAAGCUAAGCCAUUUUAGAUUCUUCUGGCAUGAUAUUGGCACUGGUAUACACCCCACUUCAGUCACAGUAGUGAAGCCACUACCAAAAUUCCGUAAUGGGUUUGGCUUUGUUAACAUGAUCGAUAAUCCGGUGACCAUAGAAUCUGAACUGAGCUCCAAACUAGUUGCAAGAGCACAAGGGUUCUAUGCAUCAGCUUCACAAGCGGAGUUGGCUCUGUUGAUGAUAAUGAAUUUUGUUUUUGUUGAAGGGAAGUAUAAUGGAAGCACCAUCACCUUGCUAGGGAGGAAUCCGGUGUUCCACAAGGUUAGGGAGAUGCCGGUGAUUGGGGGAAGUGGGCUUCUCCGGUUUGCUCGGGGCUAUGCUCAGGCUAGAACUCAUUCCUUUAAUCUCAAGACUGGUGAAGCUACUGUUGAGUAUAACAUCUAUGUAACGCACUACUGAUUUAUGAUCUUGCUUUAGUUGGUACUUGUGAGUGUUUUUUUUCAAUAAGAAAUUAUGUAGGUUUCCAAUUCUAUA